AUGAUGAGCGACCUCCAUAAAUCCUUCGCCAAAUCAAAACUGGCCCAGCUUCCAUCCGAACCACCAAUGGCCGAAUCAAUGAAUCAAUCCGAAGAUGCAUCGGACGCUGGCUCAUCAGCUUCCUCAGUCUCAUCAAGCGGAACGAUGGUCCCGUCACCGACACGACAUCUGUUUGCCCGAACGGACCGCCGACAAUCGUCUCAGUCCUCCUUGACAUGGACAGACUUCUUUGAACAAGAGUUAUUCCUCGCGGAGGAAGUGGACGAUUUCCAUAUUGUCCACCACGCCUAUUUAACAUCACCAAAAGACUCAGGUCCGCUGUUUGUCAUGCACCAUGGAGCUGGUUCGUCUGGACUUUCAUUCGCGACAUGCGCAGAAGAGAUCCGGAAGAUUCUACCUAAGGCGGGGAUCUUAUCUCUAGAUGCUCGGAGCCAUGGCCGCACUGUCAUGACCACUUUAAUCAAUAAGACGGAGGAACAGGCACCCUCUACGGCGACGGCGGCUCAUGUUGACUCGUCCGAGCAGGUUGAGCUGGACCUCAGUCUCGAAGUUUUAAGCCGGGAUCUGGUCCAUGUCAUCCACCAGACACAGGCCAGAAUGGGCUGGGAGAACCUCCCUGAUAUCGUUUUAGUUGGACACAGUCUCGGCGGUGCAGUAAUUACAGAUGUCGCCAAGGGCGGAGAGCUAGGCAACAAGUUGCUAGCAUACGCAGUGUUUGACGUGGUCGAAGGCUCAGCGAUGGACGCUCUGCAGAGCAUGGAGAAAUACCUUUCUACCCGUCCUACUCGAUUCCCAUCUCUUCAAUCCGGCAUUGAAUGGCAUACACGUUCCCGCACCAUCCGCAACACGAUCUCUGCCCGCGCCUCCGUUCCCUCACUCUUAUACGAAGAGAGCGAGCCCGUCGAUCCAUCCCGUCCCUGGGUAUGGCGCACAAAUCUCUCUGCGACGAAACCAUUUUGGGAAAACUGGUUCGUUGGAUUGAGCAGCAAGUUCCUCGCUGCACGGGGCGGCAAAUUACUCCUACUUGCUGGAACGGACCGACUAGAUAAAGAGUUGAUGAUUGGGCAGAUGCAAGGCAAAUAUCAACUCCAGGUCUUUCCUGAAGCAGGCCACUUCGUUCACGAGGACCAGCCGGCCAAGACCGCGCAGAUACUGGCGGAUUUCUAUCGACGGAAUGACCGGAGUGCAUUGGUACUUCCGCCUAAGGUUGCGGAUAUGCAGGCAUCGGCUGCGAUGAAUAAUGGAGGAUCUGGUCCUGAUAGCUCGACAGGGCAUCUGAGAUAG